CAUAAAUGACAGUCCGUGGUUGGUGGCGGCGAUAACGGCCGUGAUCUAGUGAGUGUCGCAAACGGUGGCAAAGUGUACGAACACGAAGACAGUGUGGACUCGGCGGUUGGGCGGCCCUUGCAGGGCAUGGCGGCCACGACGUACCUUCCGGCGAGCAGUGCGGUAAGUGCGGACCUGGACGUAGGGAUGAACAUCGUCGGCGGCUACCACGCCAGCGCUUCGCCGCGGUCGGCGGCGGACGCCAACGAGAUGAAGUACCUGCCGCAGCACCACCACCAUCACAACCACCACAUGGCGAGCUCGCCGUCGCCCGGCGGGCACGCGGCCGUCUCGCUCUCCGCCGCCAACCCCUGGGUGAGCCUGCAGCCGGGCGCCGACCCCUGGGCCGCCUCCAUGGCCGGCAUGCACCACCACCAUCACCACCCGCACCAGGACGUCAAACCACUGCAGCAGGACAUGAUGCACCACCGCCAGCAGCAGCAACAGAGCAUGGGCUCGCCGCACUGGCACGCGCCCGUCUCCUCGGCUCAUUACAACCCGGCGGGCGCGGGCUCGCCUCUUCAACAAUACCAUACCGCUAUGAACGGGAUGCUGGCGCACCACCAAGGCGCCCCCCAGCUUCACCACCCUCUUCAUCGGGACAUGCAAAGCCCGCACCACCCCCAACACUCAGACCGCGACGUGAGCGGCGGCGAGGAUGAAACCCCCACGAGCGAUGACCUGGAGGCCUUCGCCAAACAGUUCAAACAGCGUCGCAUUAAACUCGGAUUUACGCAAGCGGACGUCGGACUCGCCCUCGGAACCCUCUACGGAAACGUCUUCUCUCAGACCACGAUAUGCCGAUUCGAGGCGUUACAAUUAAGUUUUAAAAAUAUGUGUAAAUUGAAACCGCUGUUACAAAAGUGGCUCGAGGAGGCCGAUUCGACGACCGGCUCUCCGACGUCCAUCGAUAAAAUCGCGGCGCAGGGCCGCAAACGGAAAAAGCGCACCAGCAUCGAAGUCUCCGUGAAAGGCGCCCUCGAGCAGCACUUCCACAAACAGCCAAAACCGUCAGCUCAAGAAAUAUCGAGUUUGGCCGAUAGUCUCCAAUUGGAAAAGGAAGUAGUGAGAGUGUGGUUCUGCAAUCGGCGGCAGAAAGAAAAAAGGAUGACGCCUCCAAACACACUCGGAAACGAGAUGAUGGAGGGAAUGCCGCCGGGAAGUCACAUGCACCCCGGUUACGGGCACCACCCGGACAUGCACGGGUCGCCCAUGGGCCAACAUUCGCAUUCCCACAGUCCUCCCAUGCUAUCUCCCCAAGGCAUGGGCCAUCAACUGACGGCGCACUAGCAUCCAGCCCACUGGGCCUCCCUAUUGCACCACAGCGAUAACGGCUAGUGAUCGUAUUACAUUAAUAGAACGCCGCCCCCAAAAUACAGUGUGAAAAUAAUACAAAUUGCUGAUAGAAAUGAUGAAAAUGCCGACGGCGCGUGACUGACUGUUCCGUUUGUUAUCAACGCUACCUCAAAGGAUUCGUGUUAAACUCCUGCCGUCGCGGAGGUCCUAGUGGACUGACUCAAAAACUAGUUUCUACUGUCUUAUUAUUAAUUUUUCUGUUGUUAAUACGCCGUGCAGUGCGAGUGAGUACCUUGUCAUCGUCAUAAACUGGACUUGUUUGUAUAUUACCUGUAAAUAAGAGAGUGAUAACGCGUCUCCAGACGUGAGUGUAAUAUAAUAAUAGGCGAAUGCUGCUAAUUUUACGUUUUUGUAAAUAAGAAGAAUCGACUACUGUUGGGAGCAGUAGCAAGUCGUGAUUUAUACUUAAAAAUAUACACCGGGACGGUUGACGAAUAAAACAAUUUACAAUGUAAGUUUAUAAUGUAUAGAAUGUCGUAUAUAUUUAAAAAAUAUAAAGUUGUUCUUA